AUGGAAGCCCCAAGUUCCUCAUGGCACAAAUUAAACUUUGUCGAGGCAGCUCACAAUAACAGGAAAGUGGGAGGUGGUGUUAUACGAGAUCAUCAGGGUGGUUUUAUUGCUUCCUUUGAAGGAAGCCUAAGGAAUCAUACUGUCAAUCAAGUUGAGGGAAUGACCAUUUUAUGGGGAAUGAAGUUUUCCACUGCCAUGGGUAUCAGACAACUUGAAAUUGAAGGGGAUUCAAAAAUAAUUAUUGAGGUUGUGAAGGGUAGAACUGCAGCGGGUUGGAAGGUGGAUGCGAUUCUGAGUGAUACUAGAAUUCUUCUAGCUAAUCUUGACAACUUCACUAUCCACCACAUUUAUAGAGAAGGAAAUGCGGCUGCUGACUCAAUGGCUAUUGUCGACAUGCUGCAAGAGGGCUUACAGUGUUGUAGGAGCACCGAACCACUGCCAGUUAUCACCAAGGAGAUCUUGGAGAAAGAAAAGACUAAGUCUCAAUAUUGA